CAACAUGGCUGUCAAAGAUGAUAACGAGAAGGUACGAGCUGAGAGGAUGGUUUCUUACCACUUUUAUUUGCAAAGCGAAGAGGACGAUUUUGGUGGAUUUUUGCCAGUCGAAACUAGUAUUGAUGAGUUGUACCCUCCCGUGUGUCAGAGCUGUAACAGGGACGAGUGUUGCGUGUUUGGAUAUUUGAUAAUAUUAUUUCUUUUCGGCGGAGCAGCCGCGGGAGUCGGUUUGUUUGUAUUCGUUUGGGAAUUUUCACAGAAUACAAAUGAGAGAAUUUUCUUGGAGUUAUUAACACCUAUACUUGGCCUUGUCUUAACGGUUUUCGCCGGAGCAAUGUGGGUUUUAGCCACGAUCGGCUGUGUUGGCACGAUUAAACAAAGCACUAAAGUUCUUCACAUGAUAACAAUAGCUUUUAAAGUUCUUUUGUUGCUCGAGGUAGCCUUGUCUUUCCUAGCGUUUUAUUAUCAAGGUCAAGUCAAAGCAGAGACAAGUAAAUGGGCUGAGUGGAUGUCGUUUAUUCGCCAUUAUCACGAAGAUCCUAAUCUACGAACCACCAUGGAUUCAAUUCAAACACGUCUUGGAUGUUGUGGUUUCAAUAGUUACAAAGAUUGGGAUGAAAACGUUUUGUUUUCUUGCUCUUCCACACGUCUGAAAACCUGUCCUCUUCCAGUGUCGUGCUGUAAUGACACUGUGAAAAAAAUUAAAUGUGGGUACGAAAUACAAAACGAUCCUGACGGCGAAAUCACCAAAAUACAGCCACAAAAAUCAGUUUUCACGGAAGGCUGUUUGAUAAAUAUUCAAAACUGGUAUAAAUACAAUCUGAUCCUUAUUUCAACGAGCGCCGUUUUAUUGGUGGUAGUACAGGCAAUUCUUAUUUUCGCAAUUAGCCGCCUCGUUCGUCGAAUUAAAGACGAAAACAUGGGAGAAUGUUCUGAACCGUCAGGUGAGGAAGAAUUAAUCCCCUUGCGCGCAGAUAACUUACAGGAAAGCAUCAUUAUAGUACGUGAUGAACGAGUUACAGCUGAAAGGAUUCACAGCCUGAAGGCUGUCUUGAAAACCAUAAUUCGCUGGAGUGCAAACGAUUCCACAAGAGAAGAAAACAUUUAAAACAAUUGGUCACGGCUGAUGCAUUUUGAAAUAACUAGUGAUAAUUUAAUUUUCACAAUUCAAUGUAAUUUAGUUGAAGAAAACAAAGUCUAAAAAAAAUUCAGGCUUCGACGGGAUUCAGAGCUGUGUCUUCCAAAUAUAAGUUAUGCGCUUACUCGGCCGCCUGAGCUACGUACGAAGCCGAAUUUUAGGAACGAGGUAAUACGUUCCCUUUAAAGGAAUAAAGGGGGUUACAAAAUUUGGUUUCAGCUACUGAUGAUGUAAAUUAGCCGCCAUAAAGAGUUUCUAAAGCUGACUUCUAGAGCGUAAGCCCUUCGCCCGCGCGAACACCACAACAAAAUUAUCUCUCUGACCGUAAGGCCACACGCAAAUGAGGCUCCGUAGCUGGGUUGGAAGUCGUACUUGGCUAGUGACAGGUAGAACAGGUUAAAUUCAUGUCAAUAACUGAAAUUUUCACCCUUUUUUUCUGCAAAUAUGCUAAUUCCAAUAAAGUUAUGAGGAUCGGUUUGUCGCUUGUGACCU